AUGAAUUUAUGUGCUGUUAGUUUUUCUCGGAAGAUAAAGAGAUCAAGUUAUUAUUCAUAUAUUAUUAAACCGAUCAGUAACAGAGAGUAGUCGAAUCACUGGUGCUACUGGAACAUACAUUGGCUGUUUUAAAGGUACUCUAAUAAGAUUUUUACUGAGAUACAACUAUGCUACCAGUUACAUGGAGUAAAAGCUUUUGACAAUUCAAAGUCAAUGUAGAUAAGAAAAAUCAGUAUAUUUGAUUUUCAUUUGUUUUUAGAGUUUAUGCAUAAUGACAUCGACAAAGUUAGUUGUUGGUGCUAUAGACUUUGGGACAACAUAUUCAGGAUAUGCAUUCUCCUUUGCACAUGACUAUGAAAAAGACCCAAUGAAAAUACAAGCAAACCAUUGGAUUGGUGGAGGGCACAUGUCACUUAAGGCCCCGACAACAAUUCUCUUUACACCUGAAAAAGUUUUUCAUUCAUUUGGAUAUCAAGCAGAAGAUAAAUACGCUGAUCUUGCUGAAGAAGACAUUCAUAAAGAUUGGUAUUACUUUAGGAGGUUUAAAAUGAUUCUACAUCAGAAAAAAACCUUGUCCAGAAAGACAUUGUUGUAUGACGAAAACAAGAAGGCAUUGUCAGCUCUACAUGUGUUCUCGUCUGCGAUAAAAUUUCUGAAAGACCAUCUCUGCAAUGAAAUCUCUAAGAAAAUGACAGAAUUUGAAGAGCGGGAUAUAUUUUGGGUGUUAACUGUACCUGCAAUAUGGACAGAUGCAGCCAAAAAGUUUAUGAGGGAGGCUGCAUUGGAGGCUGGUAUACAGUCAGAUUGUUUGUCCUUAGCACUUGAACCUGAAGCUGCCUCCAUGUUUUGCAAGCUCCUUCCAGUUGACUGCCUGAAACAUAACAAUUCGACAUCUACUGAGGCUUUUAAACCAGGAACAAGUUACAUUGUCCUUGACCUUGGUGUAUUACGAAAACAAGAAGGCAUUGUCAGAGAAAUCGAUACGUUAUUACUUGUUGGAGGAUUUUCUGAAUCGGAGAUAGUUCAGGAGAGCGUGAGAGAAGCAUUUCCAAACAAAAGAAUCAUCGUACCUAGCGAACCUGGCUUAGCCGUUUUAAAAGGAGCAGUACUGUUUGGCCAUAAUCCUUCGGUUAUGAAAUCAAGAAUAAGCAAGUAUACUUAUGGAGUAGAGUCGAUUAGUCGUUUUGUUAAUGGAUCAGACCCAGAGAUAUACAAAGUCUUCGAAAACGACUGUUAUAAAUGCAGAUACAAGUUCUGUCCAUUUGUUCGAGCUGGUGAAAUGGUUCCCGUUGGUACAGUCGUCCAAAAACACUUUAUUUCAGAUACAUUUGAUGUUGCAGAAGGAUUUGGAAUAUAUGGAUCUACAGAAAAAUGUCCGAAGUACGUCGUUGAUGAAAGCUGUUUUCGAGUCGGUACUGUAUAUUUUGAUAAACCGCUUCAACAUAAUACUGUUGAAAUGCGUUUCGGGGAGACAGAAAUCUGUCUGCAAUGCAUUUUUGAAUCAGGUGAUAAGAAAACAUUAGAUUUUGAUUUUUUAUGUACAUAA